AGACUGUAGAUGAAACUGAUGAGAAUUCCUUAAAUAGCAUACAUUUGUGGAGAAGACAUUAUUCUGCGCAAUAAAGCAUUGUCCUUUGACCAGUAAUGAGUGACAGAACUGCCAUAUGGUAUGCGUCAGAUAGUUUUUGUUUUGGUUGCACAAGCAUGUCUUGCGCUGUUGUGGAUGACUGGUCUGAGGCAGGUCUGCAGCUGAUGACUUCCUAAUGCAUGAGCUCUCAAUAUCUGAAUGAGUUUGAAAGACCCCAGAGAAACAAGGCUUGCUAAGGCUUUUCGGACACUCGGGCGAUGGGAGAACAAACACAGGAAGUGUCAGAAAGCCGCGAUGUAAAACAGGACAUGGGUCUCACAUGGGAAUGUAGCUCUAGUAACUGUAAACUGGGGAAUUUGUCAGGUCACAGUUCUCCUCCAGGAUGCUGUAUGAUAGCAUCUUUUUGUCUCUGCCAUUUAUCCUUAUCACACAGCACAGUAGUUUGUUUAUUGUUUAUCUUAUCUGGAUUGUUUUCUCCUUAAUAUCCAUCUGAUGGCCCUAGAAGGCAGUACUUGUUCACAUACUGGGGGCUUUGCUCUAUACAUACCACCCUAUCCAUCUUACAGGUCCAAAGGGUACCAAAUGGGUAACUGGUACGUACACCCCUCCAGAUUAAAGCUUAUUUGCUAUCUCAAAAGAAUUAGACAUUUCUCAUCCCUUUCCCUGAUUGUAAUCUAAUGAUUUCCCUCUUUAACAUUUGCUGUGCCAUGCAGAAUUGUCAGAUCCAUUUGAGGCGAUUUGAUUGCUGUUGAUCCCUUGGGAAGGCUAAUGUGUAGCCAUUAUCUUCCUGAUAGACUCCAAGCUAAUUGCUGUUCAGAAAGGGCCCAUAUCAAGAGCAUCACGGCUGUUUUGUCAUUCAGCCUUGCCUUCUUUGCUUUGCUGUUUUCUGCUGAGGGAGGGUCCUGUUGCUUCCAUUGUCCACAGCAUGAGAUAACAUUUCUGAAAGCGCUCUUCACAACAUUCCUGUUGUUCUACUUUGGCAAAAAAAACAAGAUGAACCUCUGCCUUGGGCAAGUGUUCAGCAAAGAUAAGACAUUCAGGCCGCGGAAGCGCUUCGAGCCUGGCACGCAGAGGUUUGAGCUGUACAAGAAAGCCCAGGCCUCACUCAAGUCGGGCCUGGAUCUGCGCAAAGUGGUUCAGCUGCCUGAGGGCGAGAGCCUCAACGACUGGAUUGCCGUGCAUGUGGUGGACUUCUUCAAUCGCAUCAACCUCAUCUAUGGCACGGUCAGUGAGUUCUGCUCCGAGCGCACCUGCCCUAUAAUGUCCGGCGGCCCGCGCUACGAGUACCGCUGGCAGGAUGGUGACCACUACAAAAGGCCCACCAAGCUACCCGCGCUGAUGUACAUGAACCUGCUCAUGGACUGGAUCGAAACACUCAUCAAUAACGAGGACAUCUUCCCCACAAGAAUAGGUGUUCCUUUCCCAAAGAACUUCCAGCAGGUGUGCAAGAAGAUCUUGAGCCGACUGUUCCGAGUCUUCGUCCAUGUGUACAUCCACCACUUUGAUGUUAUUUGCAGUAUGGGGGCAGAGGCUCACAUAAACACCUGCUAUAAACACUACUACUUCUUCAUCUCUGAGUUCAGCCUCAUCGAACACUCAGAGCUUGAGCCUCUGAAAGAAAUGACAGAAAAAAUCUGUAACUAAUGAGCAAGUAACUCAUGGAACCUUAAAGGACCAAUGGACCACCAGCAUCACACCAAAAAACGAAGAUCCAAGCAAGCGGACAGUAGGUCUAGCAUAGGCCUAUACUUCAGGAGACCUAGGCUAAUUCAUUCUGAUGAUGGCUUGCCUUUUUCUUGACUUUCUUAUUACAGUGAUAAUACUUUAUUGAUGCUGUUUCUGAAACUGUGGUAUCCUCUGCUGUUUCUUAAACUUUGGUGUCUUUUUUCCAGCUUAUUUAUGCAUGUUAAGUUUCAGUACAUUUUUGGACAGCAAAUGUGAUUUAGUUUUUUUCAUAUAAAAUGUUUUUUUUUUCUGCAUGACUUUUAUAGCAGAAAUGAUGAGCCGAAAUUCUUAAACUACAGAGCCUACACUUGAAUCAUUAACAUUCCAGUGUUGUAUGACACCAUUUGGGAUAGGCACAGCGAACAGUGACAACAGGCUACCAAGACAGUUGUUUCCACUUAAGUGUUCAUCAAUAUGUACUUGUUCUAGAAGUGCCAGAUAUCCAGUAGGCUGGUUUUAUUUAUUGUUCAGAUUAAAUCUCAGCUAACCUUCAAUUGUUGAUUUUGGUACCAUGCUUAAAAAGCAGUGUGUAGGCCUAAUGUAUAAUUUGUCAUGUUGUUGUUGUUAUUGUUGUUUUUAAUAAUAAAUGCAGUAGCCUAG